AUGCACCCACGCAUCCACCAUCCCUCACAUGCACCCACCAGGGGCCACACGGCUCAGGAGGCGCGUGGGAGGGCGGCGGCAUGCUCCCCUCCAUCUCCCCCACCACCUCGCGCUGCCACUCCCCCAUCGUCCCCCAUUCCCCUCCCCUCCUCCCACCCACCAAAGGCCACAUGCCUCACACCCACUCACCAGGGGCCACAUGCCUCACACCCACUCACCAGGGGCCACAUGCCUCACACCCACUCACCAGGGGCCACAUGCCUCACACCCACUCACCAGGGGCCACAUGCCUCACGCCCACUCACCAGGGGCCACAUGCCUCACACCCACUCACCAGGGCCCACAUGCCUCACACCCACUCACCAGGGGCCACAUGCCUCACACCCACUCACCAGGGGCCACAUGCCUCACACCCACUCACCAGGGGCCACAUGCCUCACACCCACUCACCAGGGCCCACAUGCCUCACACCCACUCACCAGGGGCCACAUGCCUCACACCCACUCACCAGGGGCCACAUGCCUCACACCCACUCACCAGGGCCCACAUGCCUCACACCCACUCACCAGGGGCCACAUGCCUCACACCCACUCACCAGGGCCCACAUGCCUCACACCCACUCACCAGGGGCCACAUGCCUCACACCCACUCACCAGGGGCCACAUGCCUCACACCCACUCACCAGGGGCCACAUGCCUCACACCCACUCACCAGGGCCCACAUGCCUCACACCCACUCACCAGGGGCCACAUGCCUCACACCCACUCACCAGGGGCCACAUGCCUCACACCCACUCACCAGGGGCCACAUGCCUCACACCCACUCACCAGGGGCCACAUGCCUCACACCCACUCACCAGGGCCCACAUGCCUCACACCCACUCACCAGGGCCACAUGCCUCACACCCACUCACCAGGGGCCACAUGCCUCACACCCACUCACCAGGGGCCACAUGCCUCACACCCACUCACCAGGGCCCACAUGCCUCACACCCACUCACCAGGGGCCACAUGCCUCACACCCACUCACCAGGGCCCACAUGCCUCACACCCACUCACCAGGGGCCACAUGCCUCACACCCACUCACCAGGGGCCACAUGCCUCACACCCACUCACCAGGGGCCACAUGCCUCACACCCACUCACCAGGGGCCACAUGCCUCACACCCACUCACCAGGGCCCACAUGCCUCACACCCACUCACCAGGGGCCACAUGCCUCACACCCACUCACCAGGGGCCACAUGCCUCACACCCACUCACCAGGGCCCACAUGCCUCACACCCACUCACCAGGGGCCACAUGCCUCACACCCACUCACCAGGGCCCACAUGCCUCACACCCACUCACCAGGGGCCACAUGCCUCACACCCACUCACCAGGGGCCACAUGCCUCACACCCACUCACCAGGGCCCACAUGCCUCACACCCACUCACCAGGGGCCACAUGCCUCACACCCACUCACCAGGGCCCACAUGCCUCACACCCACUCACCAGGGGCCACAUGCCUCACACCCACUCACCAGGGGCCACAUGCCUCACACCCACUCACCAGGGGCCACAUGCCUCACACCCACUCACCAGGGCCCACAUGCCUCACACCCACUCACCAGGGGCCACAUGCCUCACACCCACUCACCAGGGGCCACAUGCCUCACACCCACUCACCAGGGCCCACAUGCCUCACACCCACUCACCAGGGGCCACAUGCCUCACACCCACUCACCAGGGGCCACAUGCCUCACACCCACUCACCAGGGCCCACAUGCCUCACACCCACUCACCAGGGGCCACAUGCCUCACACCCACUCACCAGGGCCCACAUGCCUCACACCCACUCACCAGGGGCCACAUGCCUCACACCCACUCACCAGGGGCCACAUGCCUCACACCCACUCACCAGGGGCCACAUGCCUCACACCCACUCACCAGGGGCCACAUGCCUCACACCCACUCACCAGGGCCCACAUGCCUCACACCCACUCACCAGGGGCCACAUGCCUCACACCCACUCACCAGGGGCCACAUGCCUCACACCCACUCACCAGGGGCCACAUGCCUCACACCCACUCACCAGGGCCCACAUGCCUCACACCCACUCACCAGGGGCCACAUGCCUCACACCCACUCACCAGGGCCCACAUGCCUCGGGAGGCGCAUGGGAGGGCGGCGGCAUGCUCUCUUCCAUCUCCGCCACCACCUCUCGCUGCCACUCUCCCAUCGUCCGCCCCCCACGCGCUCUGGUGCGCAUGAGGGCGUGCAGAUACGCGCGCUCGCGCUGCAGGUGGUGGCGCAUGCGGGGGGAGUCCAGCUCGUGCAUCCAGCUGACACGAAGGGCGGAGGCAGAGGGGGGCACGGGGAGGGGGGCAUAGAGGCGUGGGGUUGCGCCAUGAGGGCGUGCAGAUACGCGCGCUCGCGCUGCAGGUGGUGGCGCAUGCGGGGAGAGUCCAGCUCGUGCAUCCAACUGAUGCAUGGGGGCCCCGUCGCGUCUCUUGAGAUCUCCCAGGAAAACGACCCAAUGCGAAGAGCAGUGCGCGCACCUGUACCAGUCGACCCAGCUCUCCCCGUGCAGCUCCAUCGUCGCCCUCUCCCUCCUCGCCUCGGGCGCGCUAACGCUGCGCGCGCCGCGCUCUUUCCCCCGCUCACCCCAUCCCAACCACCGCGGUAUCUGCAAUCCGCGCCUCCCCCCACCCGCAUUCCCCCCCUCCCUGCCCACCGUUCCCCUCUCCCCGCACGCCGACCCCCCUCCCCCGACUAUCACCCCCCACGGCUCCCUAAGCGGAUGCGUUGUUUCCGCGCCCCAAUCCCCCAAGUUUCCGCUCCGCCAACACCUGCCAAGCGCCUCCGCCGAGAUGCCCUCCUUCCGCGUGAGAAGGCGAAAGCGCGGCGGAAAAUCGCGCCCCAUGCGCGCAUCAGCGGCGGAGCCUCCCCCCUCCCGCGGCAGCAUUCCCCUCGGGAAAUCCGCAUGGGGCAGCCUGGGGAGGAGGCGCAAGAAUCUCCUCCCAUGCAUGGUCGCGCGCAGCACUAG